CCUCAAACAUGAGUCUGGGAGGAAUGAAAAUAUGAAUGGAGAGGGGCAAGGCUUGAUUGGACGCAGUGGCCAUGAGCUGGGAGAUGAUUGGUUUGAUUGAGUGAUGUUGGACAUGGCAGGUUUGGAAGAGGCAGAAAUAACCAAGAAAUCCAGCUUCAGUAUCGAAAGCUUGUUGCCCGAGGAGCGGCCGGAGCAGAGUGAGGGGGCAGGCGGCUCAGGCAAAGACCAGGAGCCGGAGGAAAGGCAGGAGAAGCCACCGUUCAGUUACAACGCCCUGAUCAUGAUGGCCAUUCGGCAGAGCCCCGGGAAGAGACUGACCCUCAGCGGCAUCUAUGAGUUCAUCAUCCGGAAUUUCCCCUACUACAAAGACAACAAGCAAGGCUGGCAGAAUUCCAUCAGACACAACUUGAGCCUCAACAAGUGCUUUGUCAAGGUACCCAGACACUAUGAUGACCCGGGCAAGGGCAACUACUGGAUGCUUGAUCCCUCCAGCGAUGAUGUCUUCAUUGGGGGAUCCACCGGCAAAUUGAGGAGGAGAUCAGCCCCUUCCCGGGCCAGGCUGGCAUACAAGAGGGGCACCAGGGCGGGUCUGACCCUGGCCAGCUCCUUCUACUGGCCUACCCCCCCAUUUUCACCCUGGCAGCACAACCCCCUGCCUUACCUGGAGCUGCCCCCGCCUCCCCCUCUGCCUCCCCCUUACCUCUCGGUGCUGUCCCAGAGCAGUACCCACCAUCCUGAGGGCGCUCAGGUGGUCUAUGGUGCCCCCCAUGUCCAGCUGACAGCUGCCGCGACCACUACCCUGCCUUGCCCCAUGCCCUGUGCCCUGAACCUCGUCACCAGUAAUGCCAGUUACCUGUUCUCCCAGUUCUCACCCGUUACCCCCCUGAUGGGGGGCUUGGGUCCACCAACGCUGAAGGGUAAAGAACUCCAGAGACCUUCUGCAACUUUCCCCGGGGCUUAUUUGUCCACCCAGAACCUGGGAUCGCCUUUCAUCCUGUAA